CACUCGUCCUCUCGCCUUUCACUGCAGCGGACUGGCCCGCUGCUCUCAUCCGAGUCCCAAGAGCUCCCCGUCGGAUCUAUUCAACGACCAGCGCCGGCUCCCCGGAAGCCCUCAGCUCGUGCACAGAUGCAGGCUAUCAAAUGCGUGGUGGUCGGCGACGGGGCUGUGGGUAAGACCUGUCUGCUGAUUAGCUACACCACCAAUGCAUUCCCGGGUGAAUACAUCCCCACCGUCUUUGACAACUACUCUGCCAAUGUGAUGGUGGAUGGGAAACCAGUCAAUCUGGGCCUAUGGGAUACAGCCGGACAGGAGGACUACGAUAGGCUCAGACCAUUAUCUUACCCGCAGACGGAUGUGUUCUUGAUAUGCUUCUCCCUGGUCAGUCCGGCUUCCUUUGAGAACGUCCGAGCUAAGUGGUACCCUGAAGUGAGACACCAUUGUCCCAACACACCCAUCAUCCUGGUGGGCACCAAGCUCGACCUGCGAGAUGACAAGGACACCAUCGAGAGGCUGCGGGACAAGAAGCUCUCCCCCAUCACCUACCCGCAGGGUCUGGCCAUGGCUCGAGAGAUUGGGGCCGUAAAGUACCUCGAGUGUUCGGCGCUGACCCAGCGAGGCCUGAAGACGGUGUUCGACGAGGCCAUCCGAGCGGUGCUCUGCCCUCCGCCAGUGAAGAAGAGGGGAAAGAGGUGCACCAUGUUCUGAGAGGAAAACACUGCAAAAACAUGUCACUGCGAGUCAUUAAACUAGGAGCACUACAUCUCGGAGAGGAUGAGGGGCGAAAACUAGCUUGAGUGGGUGUGCGCCGCUAAGAUUGCUUUCUUUAUAUUGAUGUUUUUUCAACGCGAUAUUGGUAACAGGACCAAUAGUUCUCUGAUUGUGUUUCGUUACUGAAUAAGGUCAAAUACAUUGACUGUCUACCUACGGUACUUUGUACUCACAGAACCACACUGAGUUCCCAAGAGGGCUAACGUAGGUUUCUAUUACUUGUCUUACACUGCUAGACUGUCCUGUCUUUCUUAGUCCUGCUCGCUUGAAUGAAUGCAGUGCUGACUGAUAGAACGUGAACUGUGACCACGUCUUAAGGAUACCGAGUAAGUUCAUAGAUUAGACUACCAAUACGAGGAACUGCUUAAACGGUUAGCCGUCUAGUCCUAAAACUCGUCCUGAAAUGACAAUUUAAGCAUGUUGACAUCAAGGAACUGCUAUUGAACACAAUGAAAAAGAAAUGAAUGUUUUGUAAGACAGAGUAAUCAUCAAGACUUCAUGCAAGUAUUGAUUAACACGAGAAGAGAAGAAAUACUUCAACAUGUUGCCCUUGGUAAAACAAAAUCUGAAAAGUCGUAAAUCAUAAUAAUCCUGCAAUUUCAAUAGAACGACGAGGUUAGCGUGAGGAAAAACAUUUUAGAUGAGGUGACGUUUAGCUAUCCGAAAACGAGUCUCGCAAUUUGAAUUUAGCCAUAGGGACGGGAAAAUAUUCGAUAAGGGGGGAGAAUAUUCCAAAUCGGAACAAAGUCUGGAAAAUCUGCGUUGUAGACUUUUGAGAGUAUGAAUGAACAUGAAAUACACGCAAAUGACAGACUUCUGCAAUCACAACGUACUAUGACAUCAUGAAAACAAUUCAGGCAACUUUUGGUCAAUUUGCCCGCAGAUUUGUCGGCGAGGUGAUCGCCGCGAUCGGUGCCAACAUGUCGAUUCCAUAGUUUUCAUUAUCAAACAUUUUGAUAUCAUUACCCGAAAAAGGUUUGAACUAUGUCCUUAACCUAAGACCCUCGAUAGGGCUCCGUAUCCAAAUAAAUUGUUCCAAGUGCAAAUUGGUAAUGAAGGCAUCCUAUCUCGACACCUCAGAACCAAUUUUCCAUAAUGUUGUGUGGGCCAACUACUGUACCCGGUCAAUCUUGUCAGCGGGCUAUUUUCUCUGAAGGAAUAUUUUACAAAAAAAAUUAAUAAUAAAUAAAUAACAAUCAUAAAUCCCAACUGUGCUGUCCUCCAUUUGGACUCAAUAAAAGUGCUUUCAUGGAAAAAUACAACAGUCGCAAGCGUUGACCCAAACUAUGCUGUAAUGAAGAGACUGACAUGACGUUGCAAAGAACCCAAUUGCCACUUUGAAUCCCAUUUUUAUUGCAUUUCAAAUCACACAAAGCAAGAUGGAUGACAUGGACGUUUUGCUUCCCGUCGCUGAUUGUCAAACGUCAUCCGUUGUUACUCGAGUGUUCGAGCAACUUCAUCGUAACUGUGAACAAGUGACAGACACGCGUCAACAACCUCGCUGCCUCCGAGGGCGGAGGAGUUUGCAUGCGUCUUAAAAUAUUCCGCCAUUUGUUUUGAUGUUGUGUAUGCGUGCGUGCGUGCGUGCGUGCGUGCGCAAGAACAUUGUUUGAUCGUUUGGGGGACGUGCAUGAAAGACAGCGUUGUUUUAAGACUUUCAAGUUUUGAGCGUCACAUUUUGGGGACUAUUUCCCGUUGUGCUGCAGUCAUAAACACGACUGACAAAAAGGAAAGACCAUCUGAUGAUGUACAGAAUCAUGGAAUGCUUUAUGAAUAUCGAAAUAUACCUGGAUAUUUAGCUCUUACGACUCUAAAAUGAGGCAAAGUGAUGUCAUGUCGACGUGAAAAGUGUUGCUAACGUUGUAAAAUGAAGGGGCCAAUUUUAGUUGGGUUUAGCCGUCAGUGACCAAAAAAAAAAAAAAAAAAAAGACAAA